AUGACGCAACAAUCGACGCGCUUACCAACGGGAAUAAAUCCGCUGGCUGGCAGAAAAAUAGCAAGCGUGCUCGGCAUUUGGCAAGCCGACGAUUUGCCGCGCGGUAUUCUCGGCUGGCAAAUGUUUCCGCAAAUGAAGUUCAGAGUGUCGGGGUUAGACGCCAAAGCCAAGUACAUACUGCUGCUGGACAUUGUGGCGGCCGAUGACUACAGAUACAAAUUUCACAAUAGCAGGUGGAUGGUCGCCGGCAAGGCGGACCCGGAGAUGCCAAAGCGAAUGUACAUACACCCGGACUCGCCGAGCAGCGGUGAGCAGUGGAUGCAAAAAGUCGUGAGUUUCCACAAGCUCAAGCUUACCAACAACAUCAGCGACAAGCACGGCUUUACGAUACUAAACUCCAUGCACAAGUACCAGCCGAGGUUUCACCUGGUCCGAGCCAACGACAUCCUCAAGCUUCCCUACUCCACGUUCAGGAGUUAUGUUUUCAAGGAGACUGAAUUCAUCGCCGUCACUGCUUACCAGAACGAGAAGAUAACGCAGCUGAAGAUCGACAACAAUCCGUUCGCGAAGGGAUUCCGAGACACGGGCGCGGGCAAGCGCGAGAAAAACAGGCAAGCCUUGCUGACCGUGUCGGGCGGCGGCUCCAGGCUGAGCAGCAGUCAGGGCGGGCCCGGCUCCCCCGACAAGCGCCGCUCGUCCAACUCCGGCAACGACUACCUCGACGACGACGACAAGCUGCUGGACGUCGUGGGCCCCGACACGCCGCACCCCGCGAGGUCGCACUCGCGGGACCGCGACGAGCGCCUGAGCGGCCUGAGCGACCGCGGCGACGGCAGCGAGUCGUCGGGCUCGGAGAGCGGCGGCACCGGCCUGACCAGCCACCACGGCUCCUCGGACGGGCCGAGGCCCGACGUGUCGGUCGGCCCGCCGCUGCACCCGCCCAUCCUGCCCUACCUGUACCCGCCGGUGCCCGGCCUCUACCCGGGCCCCGGCCACCUGCUGCCGCCCAACCCGCUGGGCCUGCACGGCGGCGUCACGCCGGGCAUGCUGUUCAACGCCCAGCUCGCGCUGGCGGCCUCGCAGCACCCGGCGCUCUUCGCCGCCCACUACCCCCACCCGCUGGCCAGUCCGCUGCACUCGCUCAAGGGCCACCGGUUCGCGCCGUACAGCCUGCCCGCGCCGAGCCACGGCUCGGCCUUCGAGACCGUCACCCCGGGCAGCCGCGGCACGACCAUGAGCCCGCGCUCCCCGCCGCCGCGGCCGCCCACGGGCUCGCCCACGCCGGCCAGUGCGCAAGUCGCGUCCGGCGAGCUCAAGAGCAUCGAGAACAUGGUGAACGGGCUGCAGGACAAGCGGCCGCGGCUCAGCCCCGAGCUGGACCGAGGCGGCGGCGGCGGCAGCCCGUGACAGGAGCCGCGCCGCCGGCACAGCCAUUCCGAGUUGAGCGCUCCACGCUCGCUGGACGAGCAGAGGCAACCGCCCGACUCGACUAGCUCCUCGUAGCAGCCGUCGAUCCGGGGACGAGUGCAAUUGCUGUUGACGUGCGGCGGAUUUGCACAGGUGUGACCGCGCGCGACGGCGCGACGGCGCUCGCCGCUCUCUCGAAAUGGCCGGCUCCGGCGGCCAUUUCGUCGCGCCCGGGGGAGCGCGCCGAGUCCGCGCGCGCUCGUCGUUGCUCGCGCGUCCUUCUCUCUUCGAGGACCGCGAAAGACGCGCGCGCGAGAGUGCUUUCGGGAGGCUUCGAGUGACACGGACCGGCAGAUAUAUACAUAAUAUACAUAGGAAGCGCCCUCCGCGAUGUCUCCCUUUGACACGCCCCCCCCCCCCCCCCACCCACACACACACACGCGCGCGCCACAUAUUGACGCGCGCGAUGAGCCGACUUAGACGAACGACGGCGAUUGCAAAAACGGAAACGUUGGUUGUUCUCCUUUGUUUUCGCCUAGACUCGAUAAGAAUUUCAUCUAUUAAACGAUAAUUGCAAUAUUAAGCGCAUUCUCUUACAACUAUCUUGCAGCCCCUUUGUACAUACGUAAAACCCUAGUGAUAUAUUAAACACGAUAUCCGGUUAUAAAUAGAUAAAACAGCGAACAAAGAAGCAAGUAAGAAAUUGACCAACGAUAGGCGAGGCUCUCUACGGUAUACUCCGCGACGCCGAGUAUGCAUAUGAAUCCCAAUUGAUGUCGAAAUGUAUCGCGGUAAACGAGAGAGGGAUGGGCGAGGAGAGCGACGGCCGAGACGAGAGUAAAGCAAGAAAAGCAAAUAAAAAUAUCGGGCGACGACUUUUUGUGAUCCGAUCAUUAUCUUACGUAUGUAGUAGUUAGGCGUUCGCGAGUGUGCGAGUGUGCUCGAGGCGGCUCGAAAACUUGUAUAAAGCGUAGACAUUGAUGUAGAUAAUUUUAAUGAUGCGUAUGCUUGCAAGUGUGAGCGUGAGUGUAAGAGAAUAUUCAAGGAGCGAGAGAGAGAGAGAGAGAGAGAAAGAGAGUAAAGUAAAUUUUAAUCUUGUCGCGUCGUCGAUGAUCUGAUUCUCGUUUUACCUCCUUAUAGCGCACGCACCAUCCGCUUGCAUACAUAUAAGAAUGUGGCAUGCCGAGAGAAAGAGAGAGAGAGAGAGAGAGAGAGAGUGAGUGAAAGCGAGCAACAACAAAAAAACCAUGUAGUGAACUAGGCUAGUCCGAUAGCUGCACCUGUAUCAUACACGUGUAUCAUAAUUAUAUAAAUUAUCAAGCAAAAACAGGAGGGGAAGAGAGAGCAUUGGCGCACGAGAGUCGCGAAAGAGAGAGACAGUGAGAAUGAAUAAAAAGCUAUUAUUAACCCUACAAUGCUAUUAGUGGGUUCACCGAUUAAUUAUUUCUUUUUUUUUUCUCCACUUUUUUUCUGCUGUUUCUCCUCUCCUAACUCGCUCUUUUUCCUUACUUCCUCGUUAAUUGUAAAUUUUCAGCGACAAAACUCCUUCUUUUUUCUUUUCUCUUUUUGAUUUUUUUUGUUUGGGGCACGUGAGCAAUAAAAAACAAGCAACUUGGCGCGUAUUAUCGAAAAAAAAAAAAAUUCUUUCCCAUUGGUUAGUCCGGAAAUCAAAUCAUAAAAAUGUAUUAAAUAGUAUACAUACAUUAUUAUCUGUUAAAAUUGUCUAUAGCAUAUGAUACUGUAUUUAAAAAAUUGUUAUCUUCUUUUAAAUUAUAACAAAAGUAUAUAGAGUAAUUACGUACAAAUACGAUUCUUCAUUUUUUUCGUAGCAAUAAGAAAUAAUUUUUAACGGUGUAAAAAGUUUUCGAUUUGUAUCUUUACGUGUAGUAAUUAUAGUCAUUGUAUAUUUGUAGCAUGAAGUAAUAAUUAAAUUAAUAAAAAUUGGGAAAGCGUAUGAAGUAUGUCAUAAUUAUAGUACAAUUUAAUCCAUUUUUGUGAUGAAUCUGAAUUGACGAAAGCAUGAUAGCAGCAGAGCAUCAGCGAGUAAAAGAGUGUAGACGUGCAAACAUAUUGGCAUUGCAGGGUUAACAGAAGAACAUUUGUCAUUAGGCCUGGUUUCCUUAUUUUCUGUGAGAGUCUUAGUUUGGAUCUUGGACUGUGUAAAAAUUCUUAGUCAAGCGAAAAACCCAAUGGUUUUCGAUAUACUUAUGUGUAAGUAUAAAAGUGUGGGUGCAGCCUGUCGAACGCCGUGUCGAAAUCGCAACGCCUUUCGGCAAAUUUUCGGGCUCGCAGCCGAGUCCGGGCCGAGGCGCGAAUCUCGAGACUGCGGCUAGCGACGCGUGUUGAAGAAUUCAGAGAGAAAAUUAAGAAAUUUUAUCACGAUAACAAGUGACUGAGGAUUUUUAUUGUGUUUAGCGAAUUGCGGUCCACGUUAUCGAAUGCUGUACAUGUAUAUGAGAUAAACAAGCGCGUGGCGGGCUUUCAAGCGAGUCGAAGAGGAAAGACAAAACAAGCAAUAAUAUACAGAGGAAAAAAAGAAAUAAACGAACGAGGCUCCGAUCGCUCGCACUCUUGUCCACCAAUGUUAUUCCCGUUUACGAACGGAGUUGUUCGUCUUCUUUUAACACGGAUCGUUCGCCCUCGUUUUAAGACGGAACUUUUCGCCCUUAUAAGAUUAUAAGAUGGAAGAAAAACAAAGGUAUUCCUAUCGCUUGUAUUGUAUAUUGUACACUUUUAGUCUCCGAACCUUCCGAAAG